AUGAUUAGAGAUGCUAUUGCGCAGAAUGUGGCGGAUCACCACAUCUGCGAGCAGAUCCUCAAAUUUAAAAACCCGUCUUUGCAGGAAGUGCUAGACAGACAAGCUACCUUAGAUAUGGCUACUUCCGUGUUCAACACGACCCUGGGUGUGUGCACUGUUAACACGGCACAACAUGUGCCCUCCCACCCUGCCCUGGCACAACAUGUGCCCUCCCACCCGGCCCUGGCACAACAUGUGCCCUCCAACCCUGCCCUGGCACAACAUGUGCCCUCCCACCCGGCCCUGGCACAACAUGUGCCCUCCCACCCUGCCCUGGCACAACAUGUGCCCUCCCACCCGGCCCUGGCACAACAUGUGCCCUCCCACCCUGCCCUGGCACAACAUGUGCCCUCCCACCCGGCCCUGGCACAACAUGUGCCCUCCCACCCUGCCCUGGCACAACAUGUGCCCUCCCACCCGGCCCUGGCACAACAUGUGCCCUCCCACCCGGCCCUGGCACAACAUGUGCCCUCCCACCCUGCCCUGGCACAACAUGUGCCCUCCCACCCUGCCCUGGCACAACAUGUGCCCUCCCACCCUGCCCUGGCACAACAUGUGCCCUCCCACCCGGCCCUGGCACAACAUGUGCCCUCCCACCCGGCCCUGGCACAACAUGUGCCCUCCCACCCUGCCCUGGCACAACAUGUGCCCUCCCACCCGGCCCUGGCACAACAUGUGCCCUCCCACCCGGCCCUGGCACAACAUGUGCCCUCCCACCCGGCCCUGGCACAACAUGUGCCCUCCCACCCUGCCCUGGCACAACAUGUGCCCUCCCACCCGGCCCUGGCACAACAUGUGCCCUCCCACCCGGCCCUGGCACAACAUGUGCCCUCCCACCCUGCCCUGGCACAACAUGUGCCCUCCCACCCGGCCCUGGCACAACAUGUGCCCUCCCACCCGGCCCUGGCACAACAUGUGCCCUCCCACCCGGCCGUGGCACAACAUGUGCCCUCCCACCCGGCCCUGGCACAACAUGUGCCCUCCCACCCUGCCCUGGCACAACAUGUGCCCUCCCACCCGGCCCUGGCACAACAUGUGCCCUCCCACCCGGCCCUGGCACAACAUGUGCCCUCCCACCCGGCCCUGGCACAACAUGUGCCCUCCCACCCGGCCCUGGCACAACAUGUGCCCUCCCACCCUGCCCUGGCACAACAUGUGCCCUCCCACCCGGCCCUGGCACAACAUGUGCCCUCCCACCCGGCCCUGGCACAACAUGUGCCCUCCCACCCGGCCCUGGCACAACAUGUGCCCUCCCACCCUGCCCUGGCACAACAUGUGCCCUCCCACCCUGCCCUGGCACAACAUGUGCCCUCCCACCCGGCCCUGGCACAACAUGUGCCCUCCCACCCUGCCCUGGCACAACAUGUGCCCUCCCACCCGGCCCUGGCACAACAUGUGCCCUCCCACCCUGCCCUGGCACAACAUGUGCCCUCCCACCCGGCCCUGGCACAACAUGUGCCCUCCCACCCUGCCCUGGCACAACAUGUGCCCUCCCACCCGGUCCUGGCACAACAUGUGCCCUCCCACCCGGCCCUGGCACAACAUGUGCCCUCCCACCCGGCCCUGGCACAACAUGUGCCCUCCCACCCUGCCCUGGCACAACAUGUGCCCUCCCACCCGGCCCUGGCACAACAUGUGCCCUCCCACCCGGCCCUGGCACAACAUGUGCCCUCCCACCCUGCCCUGGCACAACAUGUGCCCUCCCACCCGGCCCUGGCACAACAUGUGCCCUCCCACCCGGCCCUGGCACAACAUGUGCCCUCCCACCCGGCCCUGGCACAACAUGUGCCCUCCCACCCGGCCCUGGCACAACAUGUGCCCUCCCACCCUGCCCUGGCACAACAUGUGCCCUCCCACCCGGCCCUGGCACAACAUGUGCCCUCCCACCCGGCCCUGGCACAACAUGUGCCCUCCCACCCUGCCCUGGCACAACAUGUGCCCUCCCACCCGGCCCUGGCACAACAUGUGCCCUCCCACCCGGCCGUGGCACAACAUGUGCCCUCCCACCCGGCCCUGGCACAACAUGUGCCCUCCCACCCGGCCCUGGCACAACAUGUGCCCUCCCACCCGGCCCUGGCACAACAUGUGCCCUCCCACCCUGCCCUGGCACAACAUGUGCCCUCCCACCCGGCCCUGGCACAACAUGUGCCCUCCCACCCGGCCCUGGCACAACAUGUGCCCUCCCACCCGGCCCUGGCACAACAUGUGCCCUCCCACCCGGCCCUGGCACAACAUGUGCCCUCCCACCCUGCCCUGGCACAACAUGUGCCCUCCCACCCGGCCCUGGCACAACAUGUGCCCUCCCACCCGGCCCUGGCACAACAUGUGCCCUCCCACCCUGCCCUGGCACAACAUGUGCCCUCCCACCCGGCCCUGGCACAACAUGUGCCCUCCCACCCGGCCCUGGCACAACAUGUGCCCUCCCUUCCGGCCCUGGCACAACAUGUGCCCUCCCACCCGGCCCUGGCACAACAUGUGCCCUCCCACCCUGCCCUGGCACAACAUGUGCUCUCCCACCCUGCCCUGGCACAACAUGUGCCCUCCCACCCGGCCCUGGCACAACAUGUGCCCUCCCACCCUGCCCUGGCACAACAUGUGCCCUCCCACCCGGCCCUGGCUCAACAUGUGCCCUCCCACCCUGCCCUGGCACAACAUGUGCCCUCCCACCCGGCCCUGGCACAACAUGUGCCCUCCCACCCUGCCCUGGCACAACAUGUGCCCUCCCACCCGGCCCUGGCACAACAUGUGCCCUCCCACCCGGCCCUGGCACAACAUGUGCCCUCCCACCCGGCCGUGGCACAACAUGUGCCCUCCCACCCUGCCCUGGCACAACAUGUGCCCUCCCACCCGGCCCUGGCACAACAUGUGCCCUCCCACCCUGCCCUGGCACAACAUGUGCUCUCCCACCCGGCCCUGGCACAACAUGUGCCCUCCCACCCGGCCCUGGCACAACAUGUGCCCUCCCACCCGGCCGUGGCACAACAUGUGCCCUCCCACCCGGCCCUGGCACAACAUGUGCCCUCCCACCCUGCCCUGGCACAACAUGUGCCCUCCCACCCGGCCCUGGCACAACAUGUGCCCUCCCACCCUGCCCUGGCACAACAUGUGCCCUCCCACCCGGCCCUGGCACAACAUGUGCCCUCCCACCCGGCCCUGGCACAACAUGUGCCCUCCCACCCUGCCCUGGCACAACAUUUGCCCUCCCACCCGGCCCUGGCACAACAUGUGCCCUCCCACCCGGCCCUGGCACAACAUGUGCCCUCCCACCCUGCCCUGGCACAACAUGUGCCCUCCCACCCGGCCCUGGCACAACAUGUGCCCUCCCACCCGGCCCUGGCACAACAUGUGCCCUCCCACCCGGCCCUGGCACAACAUGUGCCCUCCCACCCGGCCCUGGCACAACAUGUGCCCUCCCACCCUGCCCUGGCACAACAUGUGCUCUCCCACCCGGCCCUGGCACAACAUGUGCCCUCCCACCCGGCCCUGGCACAACAUGUGCCCUCCCACCCGGCCCUGGCACAACAUGUGCCCUCCCACCCUGCCCUGGCACAACAUGUGCCCUCCCACCCUGCCCUGGCACAACAUGUGCCCUCCCACCCGGCCCUGGCACAACAUGUGCCCUCCCACCCUGCCCUGGCACAACAUGUGCCCUCCCACCCGGCCCUGGCACAACAUGUGCCCUCCCACCCUGCCCUGGCACAACAUGUGCCCUCCCACCCGGCCCUGGCACAACAUGUGCCCUCCCACCCGGCCCUGGCACAACAUGUGCCCUCCCACCCGGCCCUGGCACAACAUGUGCCCUCCCACCCGGCCCUGGCACAACAUGUGCCCUCCCACCCUGCCCUGGCACAACAUGUGCCCUCCCACCCGGCCCUGGCACAACAUGUGCCCUCCCACCCGGCCCUGGCACAACAUGUGCCCUCCCACCGUGCCCUGGCACAACAUGUGCCCUCCCACCCGGCCCUGGCACAACAUGUGCCCUCCCACCCGGCCCUGGCACAACAUGUGCCCUCCCACCCUGCCCUGGCACAACAUGUGCCCUCCCACCCGGCCCUGGCACAACAUGUGCCCUCCCACCCGGCCCUGGCACAACAUGUGCCCUCCCACCCGGCCCUGGCACAACAUGUGCCCUCCCACCCUGCCCUGGCACAACAUGUGCUCUCCCACCCGGCCCUGGCACAACAUGUGCCCUCCCACCCGGCCCUGGCACAACAUGUGCCCUCCCACCCGGCCCUCGCACAACAUGUGCCCUCCCACCCGGCCCUGGCACAACAUGUGCCCUCCCACCCGGCCCUGGCACAACAUGUGCCCUCCCACCCGGCCCUGGCACAACAUGUGCCCUCCCACCCGGCCCUGGCACAACAUGUGCCCUCCCACCCUGCCCUGGCACAACAUGUGCUCUCCCACCCGGCCCUUGCACAACAUGUGCCCUCCCACCCGGCCCUGGCACAACAUGUGCCCUCCCACCCGGCCCUGGCACAACAUGUGCCCUCCCACCCGGCCGUGGCACAACAUGUGCCCUCCCACCCGGCCCUGGCACAACAUGUGCCCUCCCACCCUGCCCUGGCACAACAUGUGCCCUCCCACCCGGCCCUGGCACAACAUGUGCCCUCCCACCCUGCCCUGGCACAACAUGUGCCCUCCCACCCGGCCCUGGCACAACAUGUGCCCUCCCACCCGGCCCUGGCACAACAUGUGCCCUCCCACCCUGCCCUGGCACAACAUGUGCCCUCCCACCCUGCCCUGGCACAACAUGUGCCCUCCCACCCUGCCCUGGCACAACAUGUGCCCUCCCACCCUGCCCUGGCACAACAUGUGCCCUCCCACCCUGCCCUGGCACAACAUGUGCCCUCCCACCCGGCCCUGGCACAACAUGUGCCCUCCCACCCUGCCCUGGCACAACAUGUGCCCUCCCACCCGGCCCUGGCACAACAUGUGCCCUCCCACCCGGCCCUGGCACAACAUGUGCCCUCCCACCCGGCCCUGGCACAACAUGUGCCCUCCCACCCUGCCCUGGCACAACAUGUGCCCUCCCACCCUGCCCUGGCACAACAUGUGCCCUCCCACCCGGCCCUGGCACAACAUGUGCCCUCCCACCCUGCCCUGGCACAACAUGUGCCCUCCCACCCGGCCCUGGCACAACAUGUGCCCUCCCACCCGGCCCUGGCACAACAUGUGCCCUCCCACCCUGCCCUGGCACAACAUGUGCCCUCCCACCCGGCCCUGGCACAACAUGUGCCCUCCCACCCGGCCCUGGCACAACAUGUGCCCUCCCACCCGGCCCUGGCACAACAUGUGCCCUCCCACCCGGCCCUGGCACAACAUGUGCCCUCCCACCCGGCCCUGGCACAACAUGUGCCCUCCCACCCUGCCCUGGCACAACAUGUGCCCUCCCACCCGGCCCUGGCACAACAUGUGCCCUCCCACCCUGCCCUGGCACAACAUGUGCCCUCCCACCCGGCCCUGGCACAACAUGUGCCCUCCCACCCGGCCCUGGCACAACAUGUGCCCUCCCACCCUGCCCUGGCACAACAUGUGCCCUCCCACCCGGCCCUGGCACAACAUGUGCCCUCCCACCCGGCCCUGGCACAACAUGUGCCCUCCCACCCGGCCCUGGCACAACAUGUGCCCUCCCACCCGGCCCUGGCACAACAUGUGCCCUCCCACCCGGCCCUGGCACAACAUGUGCCCUCCCACCCUGCCCUGGCACAACAUGUGCCCUCCCACCCGGCCCUGGCACAACAUGUGCCCUCCCACACGGCCCUGGCACAACAUCCCACGACUCCACCGACGGCGCCUCCUCCGCCAGCUUCUCCACCCGCGCCUCCGCCGCAGGCGGUCCUGCCGCCGCCGCCGCCGUGUUCCUCCUCGGUGCCGGAGCCGAUGGAGGCUGAGACUACCGUCACGCCGCCGCCGCCGCCGUCGUCGCCCAUGGAGGUACAACUGCUCCAGAUGCCAGUCGGCUGCAGCUGCAACGCCGUAUGUCGAAGUUCCGUGGUCACCAACGUAGUCUGCCACCUCGUUCCACUGGCUGCCAGUUCUUGA